UGAGCGGGUUGCGAUUCGGAGGCCAUUGCCCACAGAUUAGAUCGUUUCGCGUGAUUCUCCCGGUAGCGACACCAGCAGCGUUCAUCACAUUUUGACGAUCGAUCGAUCGAUGCUAAGGUUUCAUCAAGCUUUCUAUGUGAAAUCGUAGACCUCGCCAACAUUCACACCUUCCAUACCAAUCUACCUAGUCAUACCGCUGCAACGCCGUCUCAGAUCAACAAGGAACAUGGCCGGUCAUGGUCGUGAUCGGUGUCGGAAAGGAACCAAAGGAUCUCCCUUUAUCCCUGAUCUCUCUCGGACUGCCGACGUCAGCUAGAACUUGCGAAUUUAUCCCAACACUACCUCGCGAUACCACAUAAGACAUGCACGCUCUCCUCCUACCUUUCCCCUUGUCCGAUCACGACAGCAACAUUCAUACCGACACCGAGAAUUUUGAUGCCUACAUCACAGCCCUCCUGACUCCGCUUCAUCAGUUGGAUCACACUUUCUAUGGGAACCUCGAAAGAUCAACGGAGCUGUACGAGAAUGACUGCAAAGCUCUGGAAGAGCUGGAUCGGCUCAUCGAGCAGGUCGGAUUGGGUUCUCGGGUUGGGGGGAUCGUAAAGGAAGAGGGCGGGAGCGGAGUUGAUUCGGAUAUCAAGAAGGAUAGCGUCGAGCCCAUCAAGCAGAAUCUUACGGUCGAAGAGGAGGACAAGGCUUUCGAGGAGAUCAUCCGCAAACUCUGCGAAUUACUCGAGGUCUUUGCUUCCCUUUGGGGUACGAAGAGCGGGCUAGGGAUAAAUCAACAAGAUGAUGGGCGAGAGGACUCGGAUGAUCAGACCCAAAGUCGAACCUCGCCAGGUACAUCGCAGACUAUCGAACACAAGCAGACCUACAGGCGAGACGCCCUGGGGUACGAGAUGUGCCGUAGACUAGGUUCUUGGGGCAUCGGGGAUUGCGGCAGCGAGCUCCCUGAUAAGCGGGACGUACCGCUAUGGGAACACCUCUGGCGGUACACGUCCUGCUGGUCCCGGCAGGCCCGUAAAGCUCGUCUCCCCGGUCAGACAGAGAAUAACCAGUUCGACUGUAUGGGUCUACCGGGAUCUCUUCGGUUGACGGAGUUCUGCGUGAUGUUGUUCAGGUGGAGGAAAGGAGGAUGGGCUUAUAAGAUGGAGAUGGAACGGAGUAGGAAGGAGCAGGAAGAGAGGAUGCGGAGGGAGCAUGAACGAGCGUACCAGCGAGCGUUACGUCGGGAAGAGAUUGCUCGGGACCGAUAUCAGGUGCAGAACGAAGCGGGGGUGGAGGACGGAUCAGGAUCUCCAUCGGGUCAGGUCUUAACGGUACAUAUCCUCCCGACCGAUUACGAUAGUGACGACGACGACGACAAAGAUGUACAUGAGGAAGAGCAACCACCGUAUGAAGAUCCGGUGGAGACUGCUGUCGUUGCGAGGACGACCGUCAAAGACGAGCAUCCGACGUACGGACCGACACCGACCUUUGACGAAACGUGGUUUUACGCCUCGAUCGAGGGUUGGCAGAGGCGGGUGGUAGGAUGGAAAGAGCCCAUUCGAGAGUGAUUGCCACGGAGAACGGGUGUUACAUUCCUGAUCCACCCAUCACUUGAAAAUUCCUGACGACCAUGACGGGACUAGGACGAUAAC